AUGGCCAACAGUAUCAUUGGCGCUGGCAUUAUCGGUUUGCCCUUUUCUUUCAAAGAAGCAGGAUUUUGGAUGGGCAUCAUAUUGUUAAUAACAUUAACUGUGGUCGUCGACUGGACCGUGCGGCUGCUCAUGUAUGAUGGCAAGUUGGCGGGUCGUUCCACCUAUCAAGAUUUACUAGAAUUCUCGUUUGGUCGAGCAGGUCUCAUAGCGAUAUCUAUUUUUCAAUUUGCAUUUGGAUUUGGAGGCAUGUGCGCUUACUGCGUUAUUUUGGGCGAUACGAUACCACAUGUCAUCCGCUCUCUCGUCGAAGGCAUCGACGAUAUACCCAUCCUGUGGAUCUUUGCCAACCGUCGACUCUGUAUCAUUUUUUUCACCGUCUUUGUAUCAUACCCAUUAUCACUCUAUCGAGAUAUAUCCAAGCUUGCCAAAACCAGUGGACUAGCCUUAAUCGCUAUCGGCGUGAUUAUCAUAAGUGUGAUCAUCGAAGGACCCAAAAUGCCACCUGAUAUCCGUGGAUCCCCAGAGCAGCGUUUCAAUUUCUCAAACAACGAAAUGUUCCAAGCAAUAGCUGUGAUCAGUUUUGCUUUUGUAUGUCAUCACAACAGCUUUUUGAUCUUUGGAUCAUUGAAACAGCCGUCGCUCAAUCGAUUCGCUACAGUAACCCAUUUGAGCAUGGUGAUCGCAUUUAUAACUUGUAUGACACUAGCUGUAUCGGGUUAUGUUGUGUUUACAGAUAAAACAGCAGGCAACAUUUUAAACAACUUUCCAUCCGAUAACACGCUCAUCAACGUUGCGCGUCUAGCGUUUGGAUUGAAUAUGUUUACGACAAUACCUUUAGAAGCAUUUGUGUGUCGCGAGGUUCUGGAAACAUUCUUUUGGCCAGCAAAAGCGUUUCAGCGAACACGACACAUUGCCAUUACAACCGUGCUCGUGCUGGUAGCACUGACGGUAUCACUAUUGACAUGCAACCUGGGCAUUGUGCUGGAAUUGACGGGCGGAUUCUCCGCAACGGCACUAGCUUUUAUUUUACCGCCUUUAUGCUACCUUAAACUUGCGCGAGGAUCGGUAUUCCAGCGGAGCAAGAUUCCACAUUGGGCCUGUCUAACAUUCGGCUUGUCGAUCAUGGUGGUCAGCACGUUCUACAGCUUGCAAAAAGUGUUCCAGGCCCAUCACACUGCAACCAAUGGUGGCGAGGUCAGCAGUGGCGACUCGGCUGCUGCUACGUGUGAUUUAUAG